CGCCCGGAGCGACGUCACACAAGGUGGGAGAAGAACCCGUCCAAGGAAAACACGCUGUCAGAGCGCGCAGGAGAGACGCCUCUACCUGCAGCCAGUGGGCACCUCGACUCAUCUCCCCAUUCAGCUGUUCACAGCGGACAACAACUCAGACUUUUUUCCCCCCACCCUGUAACAGUUUUUCUUCGGUUUUCUCUCACUAACAAAUAAAUAAAUCGUGCGUAAACUCCUCCAAAAAAAGCGGCGACGCUCUGCGCUCUUCUCCCACUCAGCUGGUUUUGCGCGCAGCCGGAUCAGCCUCCGCCGCUGCUGCCUGGACUCUUCUCCUCCUCGGCCCCGUUUCCAAACCUUGCAGUCGCGCUAAGAAAGACAGAGCACAACGAUAAUGACGAGGUUAACCACACCUUUGAAAGCGGACAUCUCUUCACGAGCCACUUGACCAGCUUUGCUGCGCGUUAAGAUGCGCCCAACAGGAGAGGAGUUGGACCUUUGCGCGCUGGUUGACAGACUUUCUGCGGCGAGAUUUGACUGAAAAACAAACAAACAAAAACAAAGACCUCCUAUGUAUUUAGGAACAGAUCGCUGUCGGUGUUGGCUGAGCUCGUCACAUUAAACUCUGCUGGGGAAAACUUCUUGGGGAUUAUCAAACAUGACGGUUCGUCUCUCACGGAUCCAAYUGGCCAUCUUCUUUAUCCUGCUCUGUCCGGUCAACAUCAUCGGACUCUGGUGGGCAGUGGGCAGUCCUCUGGUCAUGGAUCCCAACAGCAUCUGCAGGAAGGCCAAGCGUUUGGCGGGGAAGCAGGCCGAGCUGUGCCAGACCCAGCCGGAAAUCGUCAGCGAAGUGGCCAAAGGAGCCAGGCUCGGCGUCAGGGAGUGCCAGUACCAGUUCAGGUACCGGCGCUGGAACUGCACCAGCCACAAUAAAUACUUUGGCAAAGUACUUCAGCAAGAUAUUCGAGAAACAGCAUUUGUCUACGCCAUCACAGCGGCUGGCGUGACGCACGCUGUGACCCAGGCCUGCAGCAUGGGAGACCUCCUGCAGUGCGGCUGCGAAGCCACCAGGAAUAAAGCCCCUCCAAGGCCGCCAUCUCCAUCUGCUUCUGGGGACGGCGUAAAGUGGGAGUGGGGAGGCUGCGGAGACGACGUGGAGUUUGGUUACGAAAAGUCCAAACAGUUUAUGGACGCCAAGAGGAGAAGAGGCAGAAGUGAUAUAAGGACACUCAUUAAUCUUCACAAUAAUGAGGCUGGAAGGCUGGCAGUGAAGCUGUACAUGCGGACUGAGUGCAAGUGCCACGGCCUGUCGGGCUCGUGCACGCUGCGGACGUGCUGGAAAAAAAUGCCUCAUUUCCGCGAGGUGGGCGACCGCCUGCUGGACCGCUUCAACGGCGCCUCCAAGGUGAUGGGCGGCAACGACGGGAAGACCCUGAUCCCCGUCGGCCAGAACAUAAAGCCCCCGGAUAAGCAGGAUCUGAUCUACUCGGACGAGUCUCCGGAUUUUUGCCUCGCCAAUCGAAAAACGGGCUCCCUGGGAACGCGGGGCCGCAUGUGCAACAGCACGGCCAUGGACAUCAGUGGCUGUGAUUUGCUGUGCUGCGAGCGCGGCUACCGGGAAGAAACGGUGGUGUUUGAGGAGAACUGCUUGUGCCGUUUCCAUUGGUGUUGUGUUGUUCAGUGCAAAAAGUGCUUGGUGCGAAAAGAGCUUAGUCUGUGUCACUGAUGAACUGAGUUAAAGACCAGUCAGAUUACUUUAAAUGCUCUGUUGCUUUUUUUUAGGUUGUUGCUUCAGUCUUGCUGGUGUGAAAGAAGGAAAUGAUUUAUCACUGUUCCAUGACACCCCAAAACCAUUUGGUAAUGCUUUCUUUUACAGUACCCAUUUUAGCAUGUAAUUACAUGGUAAUAAGAUGGUAAUAACUUGUAAUUACACUAUUACCAUAUAAUUACCAUGUAAUUACAUGGUAAUAACACUUUUAAUUGCAUGUAAUUAUGUAAAUACAUGAUAAUAACGUGUAAUUACAAGUUAUUACCAUCUUAUUACCAUGUAAUUACAUGCUAAAAAGGGUACUGUAAAAGAAAGUGUUACCAACAAUUUUAUUUUAGUAAACAAAAUGGAUUUGUUGCUAUGAGUUGAGAACAUUUAGCCAAAGACACUCUUUUUCUGAACUACCUAUUUUAAUUCCUUUCUCUAUGACAAAAGGACCAAAGAAUGUUUUAUUUUACAAAAGAAGAAACUAUUUUAAACUUGCUGGCAUGUCCCCUCCUUCUACAACCACGUUUUGUGUUGCUCUAAAACAGGUGUCCAGUCCUGGUCCUCAAGGGCCACUAUCCUGCAUGUUUUAGAUGUUUUACUGCUCCAACACACCUGAUUUAAGUCGAUGGGUUAUUAUUUGGUUUCUGGAGAACUUGGACAGUUUGGAAAAGUGGCAAUUCAGUCAUUGAAUCAGGUGUGUUGGAGCGACAGAACGAGUAAAACAUAUGGGAUAGUGGUCAUCCAAGACAGGACUGGACUCCCGUGUUCUAAAGCCAAAAACUUUUGCAGGUCAUUGAUUCGCUUGAUGUACCUGAUUUAAUAACAAGGGCCACAGAGGGUAUGAUAAAACCUUAUAAAGACUAUAUUUUAUUAUCUGUUAUUUAAAGUGUUUUUAAGACAUUUUCUUACAUUUACAAUAUGCUGAAUGGUAAUAAGGAAGAUCAAAUUAUAAUGCUUUCUUUCUAUUUUGACAUGUUUUCAUGUAGUUAUCAUUAUCUAACAGCGUUGUUCCAUUUGUCAUCAGUUGUCACCAAUAAAAUACAAAACAAUACAUUGUUAUUGUACACAAAUAUUUAAAAAGUUUGUGAAAUUUUUUGGUCUUUGUUAUUGCUGCGUAAACCUUGAGCUGAAUAUAAUUUCUAAAUAAACAAAGAAGUUUGUUUCUUUCAUUUCAUUUUUUUUACUGUUUUCUACAACUUGGUCAACACACACACACACACACACAUACAUACAAAAAGUGAACUGUUGCACUGUCGGUUGUGAGGAAAACUGUCAACACAACCUUUUACAGGUGUUGAUUUUGCCUGCUAUCAAAGACUCACAAUUAUGUAAAGACACGAUGACAAGACUACUCACGUCCGUCUCACUCGCUUGGACCAGCGACUUCUGCCCGAACCGAACGUCCUGGCAAGGAUCUGGGAUUGGCACAUUUCUCUUGAGCCGAAGGACAAGCAUUUAUUUCUCCAGCGUAAUCUUGGUGUCAAGAAAAUAUGAUAUAUUUUGUUAAUCUGUUUUGAUUUACAGGGCUAAUGAAAUAACGCACUUAGAUGUUUUAAUGAUACCAUAAGUGCUUAUUUGUGUGUGAGAGUAAAAGAUAGGAUGUUGAACUAUGUGCAGGUUGGUCAGUUUAGUUUGUUUCUAUGUGAUUAUGCUGGUUUUUAAAAGCACAGCUCUCUGCACAUCUUUGUCUCCGGAUAGAACAACAAGAUGUUCUAAUAGUUGUUUAUGUUAAAGCUAUAUUUUCCCAUUAAGCUAUUAUUUUAACACUUUAUGUACUCAACAAUGUACAAGAUGUAUGCUGAACUUUAACAUUAGAGUGCUUCGACUUGUUCUAUAAACUGGUUUUGUGUUUGA